CGGAAAGUUGAGAGCAGCAGCAGCAAGCAAGCAAGCAGCCUCUGGACUCUGCACAGCAAGGUCCCAGGCUGGAAUCCGGGAGUCUCCGCCAUGCGCCUCCCAUCCUGAUUUGUCAAACUUGGGCAUGGUUUCUAGGCGCCUGAUUGGACCGAGCCAAUGACAACACCUGCUUCUUGCCUUCAUUGAAGUGACAGGAUCGCCAGGGGCUCCAGUCUGGGUAUAUUUAGAGAGAGUCAGCCCCUGUCUCAGGAUUCCUGGUCAGCCCCCCGUGCGCUCACUCAGCAGCUCUCCUCCUACUGUCGGUGUGUGUGUGUGUGUGUGUGAGAGAGAGAGAGAGAGAGAGAGAGUGUGUGUGUGUGUGUGAGAGAGAGAGAGAGAGAGAGAGUGUGCGCCUCCUGGCCCCCAGACAGCGCGGCGAUGGACACUGUCAUGUUAGCCCGUCUCCUCACAGCCCUGCUCACUCUCGCACCGCCUGAGCUCGCCCUGGGGACGGACGAGGCUGAAUUGCCGGAAAACCACCACGAACGGGACAAAUUGACCAACCAGCAAAAAGCUCGCCUCUCUUUACAGAACACAGCUGAGAUACAACACUGCCUGGUGAACACAGGCGACGUUGGCUGUGGAGUUUUUGAAUGUUUUGAAAACAAUUCGUGCGAAAUCCAUGGACCACAUGACAUAUGCUUGGCCUUCCUGCACAACGCUGGCAAGUUCGAUGCCCAGGGUAAAUCUUUUAUUAAAGAUACUCUGAAGUGUAUGGCUCAUGGAUUGAGAAUAAAAUUCAGCUGCAUCAGUCGGAAAUGCUCCACUAUCCAGGAGAUGGUAUCUCAGUUGCAGCAAGAGUGCUACCUCAAACAUGACCUCUGUUCCACCGCCAAGGAGAACAUUAAUGUGGUUGUGGAGAUGAUUCAUAUUCGGCAUCUGCUUUCAAAAGGGUCAUACUUGGAGUUUAUAAAGGCUCUGUUCCAUUGUCAUGAAGUCGUUAUGGAAGCUGUAAAGAAAAGUGUGCGUUCACGAUUUGGACAGAACCUUGCGUUUCUAAGGCAGAUUUUGCAAGAGGAUUCCUGCUCUUCUCGCAAGCAGGCUGAUCAAGUCACCCCGACAACAGCAGCUCCUGAGAAAAAGCAAGGGGAGAACCGUAAGGGCCACAAGGGUAGCACUGAAGUAAAUUAUCUUGAGAUUGAAAGGGAGAAUGCUAGGAACCUUAAAGGAGAAAAGGAGAGAGGUGGAAGAAUUCACCCGAAUGCACGUGCCCGAGGUUCUGGUCAAGCUUCAAGGCGAAUAACUGAGGAACGUACUCAUACGAGUGAUGCCAUUGAGUUAUCUGAUAUCAGAAGGUGAAAGGCCAUUAGUCUUGAGGACUUUCCAUGCAUCCAUUUCCUUACAUGGACAUUCCAAUACACAUAGCCUAAAAUGGGAUUUGUGUUACAUGCAAAAUAUUCUGGGAAUUAUAGUUCACCUCAGCAGUCAGCUUCCAUACUUCGCUUAAAACUUUAAAAAAAUCUACAACUUCUAGAAUGCAGUCCAACAUAUAUCCCAUAAUCACUGUACUUGAAACUAAACAUUUAUAUCAAUUAUCUCACUCAACAAGUCACCUCAACAAGCAUGAAAGUUUCCUUUUUUAAUUUAAAAACAAAAUGAGAACAUCUUUAUUUCAGGACAAAAUCUUUAUUAUUAGAUAUAUCUUGGGUAAUUUUGUACAGGGCAAAGCUUUUGUGAAGGUCUACAUGUUCGUCUACUGAUUACAUUUAUUCUAUAUUGUAAAUAUUUAACAUUACUAUUUAUUAUAGUUGCUGUAUCACCAAUAUACCUGUUGGAUAAGGUAAAUUAAACUAUUUCAUUUCCUGUGUUGUACAUAUUCAUAUCACUAGUGAGUUUUCUUAUGCAACAUACUGUAAUUUUAUAUCAUUCUAUAAUUUUAUUGGUAGUUGUUAAUUCUUUAUUUAUUAAACACCUUAAUCUAUUAAACAUCUUAUUCAAGCCUAACAAAAAUUGCAUUUUUAUUGGUAGUUUUAACUAGAGUAUCAUUAAAUCAUGCUGUUAACUGCUAACAUAUUGUUAUCUGGUAAUUAUUUAGUGACGUUUUCCUUUCUGUCUUAGGCCUAUCCUGGCAAAAUCAAACCAAUGAAUAGUAAAUUAGAAAAAAAAUAAAAUAUAUAAUUAUUUCUUCGCAUUAAUCAUUCAUUACAUGUAUAAAUGAACACUUCAACUUUUUCUCUAAAUAUAGAUUUGCAAAAUUGUCUUUUGAUUUUAACGAAGGCCCUCCAAUCACAAAAUCUUUUGAUGAUUUUUGUCUGUACUUUUAUUUGGUUAGUAUACCCUACUUAAGAUAUGUUUUCUAUUUUCCAAAAUUUGACAUUUAUUUCCAGACUCGUUCCUUCUGUCCUAUCACAAAUUGUUGAAUAAAGAUAAACUGUCUGAUCUCACCAUCCAAUUGUGAUUGUGUGCAACAAUUGGUCCGUAAUGUACAGGGUAUGUUUGUCUAUAAGCAUUAAAAAUAAAUGAGCUAUACAA